AUGUGGAAAAUACUCCUGUCCCACGGCCCUCGUGCCAUCCUCCCUUCUUCCACUGGAGCCGGCCGAACAGCAGCACGCACCAUCUACGCAACACCACCGCGCCACCAAGCCCAGAACCCGCACCACAACGCCAAAGACCGCGAGACGCUGAACCCCGAGCGUACGGAGGUGACCAAGUCCGGCACAGACAGCGAGAUUGCCCACCAUGCCUCUGCGUAUGACCCGUCCACCACGGCCCCGGAGACCGAGCUGGCAGAGACGGAGGAGGAACAUCACCGAGAAGGCAAAUCGGGGAACCCGUUGAAUAUGAGUCCCGCCAAUAAGGAUGUCAGCGCGUGGAGAGGACCGAAGGAGGAAGGACCUGUGCGUAAUGCUGAGAAGGCGAGUCCGAGUGCGAGGGGGACGCCGAAGAAGAACCGUACUGUGCAUGUUAAGGAGGAUGGGACGCAUGUUGCGUAUCGAUGA